AUGCCCCCGGUCCCGAGGAGUGCCCCGGUCGGGGGCGCACGCCAGAAUGGCAUGCUUCGCCGGAGCCACAAAAAGUCGCGGAACGGCUGCGUCGAGUGCAAGCAGCGUCACAUCAAGCUCCAGCCCCCGCCCCAACCCGAGUUCCCCUCCCAGCCCGUCAACCUCGCCGAUCUCGUGACGGAGCUCCUCGCCGCCAACCCGCAGGCCCCGGCCCCGAUCUCCCAGUACACCACCACCGCUGCCGCCGAAGCACAGCCGGAAGAACCCCCCCACGCCGUCCCCGAGAUGAACGAGAGCAUGUGCGGCCAGGCCACGCGCAUGGCCCUCGACAGCUGCGCCGACGCCCCUUACCUCCUGCACGAGAUCCUCGCGUUCGCCGCGCGCCACUUGGCGGUGCUGCGGCCCGCGCGGUCUCGAGAGUACCUCGCCCGCUCCGUGGCGCUACAAAACGCCGGCAUCGCCGCCUUCAACAGGGCCGCCGUCCAUGUCAGCGCCGCCAACUGCGUGCCCAUGACCCUCUUCUCCUCCCUGCUCGGCCGCCACAUGCUCAUCGACGCGCUCGCGGUGCGGGACGCCGACCUAGCGGAUUUUCUCGACCGGUACAUCCAGUCGUCGCGUAUCCGCCACGGCCUGCGCGCCGUCGUGUCCAAGGCGUCGUGGCCCAUCCUCCUGCAGUCGGAUCUCAGGCAUUUCCUGUCCUGGGUGCCGCGGCACCUCGAGGCCCAUACGGACGGGCCCGAGUGCGCGCCGCUGCGGGACCGCUUGCGGAAUUCCUCGUCGCUCGACCCGGUUGUGGUGGAUGUGCUCGUGCGCGCGGCGGAUCGGUUGCAGCCGGGUUUUCAUGAGAUUCAAGGCGAGGAGGACGAGGACGAGGACGAGGAGAUGGGGGAAGGGCCCAGCAGCGGCGGCGGGCCGCCGCAUACGAUCAACACGUGGUCCAUCAUGUGCCCGCCCGAGUUUCUCGGCCUGCUAGAGCAGCGGCAGCCGGAAGCCCUCGUGGUGCUGGCCUACUACGGGGCGUUUUUGCACGGCGCGCGGUCCAUGUGGCAGGUGGGGGAUGCGGGGGCCUACAUGGUGGGAUCGAUCGCGCGGUAUCUGGGGCCGCAGUGGGAUGAGUGGCUGGCGUGGCCGAGGUCUGUAGUGGCGGAUAAGGAAUGGAUAUAG